UCCAAGCUUAAUAAGAAAAUAAAAAAUUGAAGGUAUAGUGUUUCAAGACAUGAUGAAGUUCAUGACAAUAUUGUUCAUCGCACUCGUGAUAGGCGCCAUGUCGUCUCCACUACCGAUCAGAGCAACCGCGGUUGGAGGUUCUGGAAGAGACAUGGGCCUGGGCCACAUGGCACAACAGUGUGUUGCGACAGAGCUCUCGCCAUGCUUACCAGCAGUGACAUUAGGAGGAACACCAACUGUAGAUUGUUGCGGGAAACUAAAUGAACAGAAGCCUUGUCUGUGUGGUUACAUUAAAAAUCCUGCUUAUAGUAUGUAUAUUACCUCUCCAAACGCUCACAAAGUCUUCACUGCUUGUAAUGUUCCUUAUCCUAGUUGUUGAAGCGCACAAGAUGUUCCUAAGAAUAAAAAAUUAACAAUAAUAACAAAAUAUAAAAACUAAAUCAUUAUGGA